AUGAAUUUACAAGUAUAAUUGGGGCAUACGCCCAGAAAAAUAACAAUUAACCCUUAUUGGGGCGGUUGCCGGCUGCACUUCACUUGCCCCUUUCCUGGCGCGCUGUUUCUGUUGUCUCUCUCUAUACAAACUUUCCUCUCUCUCUCUCUUGAAAUACUAUAAUCUCUCGGCGUCAUUAAUUUUUCUCUCGGUAUUUUUACACACUCUCUUUAAACCCUAAUAUUCGACUUUGAGUGUUAGACAUGACCAGGCAGUGAAAAGCCAGCCCUCAGAUUACAAAUUGAAAAUGGCGAAGAAGGUCAUCGUUACUUCGAGGACGGAACUCUUAGAGCGAUGGAGAGUCAUUGAAGAAGAAGACGACGACGACGACAAUUUUUCUUCCGAUCCUUCGAAUCCUCGUCGUCUUCGCCGGCUUAAAGAAGAAUGGUUUUCAGAUGCAUUCAACUUCUUGAUUUUUUUGCCAAAACAAAAUCAUAUCUGGUGCGGCGCUUGGGAUUUGAUGGGACCUCUUUUGGAAACAUUUUACAAUUAUUUUAAGGAUGAGCGACACGAUUCUCCUCUCAAGCUUCUAUGGAAGAGGAUCUCUGAAGAAAUGCAACUAUGCACACAAUGCAUUUGUCAGCACCAUCAAGCCCAAGGCAUAUAUAAUGUGGAGUAUGACCUGAAAUCCGUUGGUCCUCUUCUUGAUGUGCUACAGAGUCUUGAUGAAGAAAGAAUAACCGAACACUUGAAAGAGAUCAACGCGAGAAUAGCGCGGGGAGAAUAUGAUCCUGUGCGUGACAACACUGAAGUUGUUAGUGUCAUAUUUGAGGUUUUGAUGUUCCCCAUCUUGUUGGAUGACCAAUCCUUGGUAACUGAGUUUCAAACAUUUAUUGAAGCAAUUGAUAAUUCUCAUGAACUGACUUUGGCUGGACAUCAACAGUAUCCGGGAGUUUAUGCAUUGCUUUUUAUGAAAAGUAGAAGAUCUCGUUCUAUUGGUUUUCGCCUAGCUGUAAACAUGGGAAAAUUGAGGGGAUCAACAGACUUGGAGUCUUUGCAGCCUUUGCUUAAGAAAUGUAUUGGCUUUUUGGAGGCAGGAGUAUUGCCAUCAAGUUUUGAGACUUCAAGGCCAAGGGUGCAGUUGGACCGUAUAACCAUAUGGCUUGGAAUCAAGGCAUUGCUUGGGUUCUUAGAGCCUCCAGCAUUUGAAGAAGGCAUAUUGGAGCGCUAUCCCAUUUUCCUUAGUAUAGUACUGAACCAUAUAAGUGAUGAUUCAGUUGAGUUUUCAUACGCAGUUAAUUGCCUGAGGCUUCUCUUUGAAAUGCUCGGUUGUAAGCUAUGGUUGAGGGCUACAUUGUCUCCAAGUGUGAUGCGCAACACACUAUUGGGUCAGUGCUUCCAUACUCGAAAUGAGAAGAGCCAUAAAGAAAUCUUUGAUCUUUUCCUGCCUUUUCUGCAGUCUCUUGAAGCUUUGCAAGAUGGAGAACAUGAAAAACAACGGAGGCAUUUUCUUUAUUUUCUCUUGCAUCAAGUGACUGUGAGCAGUAACUUCAGCAUUCUAAUGAGGCAAAAGGCUUGCCAGAUAGCUCUUGUCAUCAUUCAUCGAGGUUACAAGAUGAACCCACCUUGCCCACCUUUUGAAUGUGCACAUAUGUGGGGACCUUCCCUUGUGUCUUCUCUGAAGGAUUCAUCGCUUCACAGUUCUCUAAGACAACCUGCCUUUGAUGUUAUUCAAACCAUUAUAAUUUCUGAUUCAGCUGCCUUAAUAUCUUCUAUGCUCAACUGUUGUGCACCCCCAAGCAUUGGUGAGAACAUGUCUACUGAAUUUAAUGAUGAAGACGAUGAUGACAACCUUCCUUCUGCUCGUAAUGUUGGAGAGAAGGGUGUCAGUUGUUGGAAUGAAUUCAGUGUGCAGAGUCAAAUCACCUCUCUGGAUAUUGGGGGAUGGAUGUGCAUUCCGAUGUUGUGGUGUGAUGUUUUGGUUGAUAUUGAUCCCUCAUUCCUUCCUGUUUCAUUUUCCAAGGCUGUUUUCUUUGCUUUAUCUCGUUUUUCUAUGGUUGAGCCUGAGAAUAGCACUGAAAUGACACUUCCAGUUAGAAAUUGGUUGUCAACGUGUGCUUCAGAAAUCUCACAUCUAUUUGGGUGGAAGGUCCCAUCUGGUUCUGAUGAUGGUGCUGAAGGGAAGGAGUCAAAAAAUUCGAUAAAAGUGUCUACAAUGUGUAUGCCUUUAAUAAGAACAUUCAAGAGGAUAACUGCUAAUUUUCUUGUUAAAAUGGAGCAAGGAGUGGUUCGGAAGAUGUGGACUUGGGAACCAAGAAUGAGUGAAAGCUUGAUCCUUUUGCUUGUGGAUCCUAAUGAUAAUGUGCGGCAUGUUGGUAGGCGUAUCCUUGAACAAGUUUCAAACACGCGUGGCCUUGCUUGUGGUUUGCAGUUUCUUUGCUCCUGCUCAUCUUCUUUGUCGGCCAUUCUUUUGGGUUUGAGACAUGCUUUGAAACUGGUUCAGUUGGAUUCAGUUCUAUUAAAUUUUCAGAGUUUACAUCAUUUCUUUUUUGUUGUAUGCAAACUACUUAAGGAAGGGGUUACACCUACCCCAACCCUGCCAAGAAGUUCUUCAGAGGACUUAAAAAUUUCAAAGUACUCUUCUCAAGGUGGAUUUCUGGGUCACCCAGUCUUUGAUCCUGUGACUAUUAGUGUUGAUGGAGAUUUGUCAGAUGUGGAUUCAGUAUUUUGGGAGAAGUUUUGUUGCUUACUAUCAGAAAUUGCGUGGCCUUCUAUAAGGAAGUGUAUGGCAGAAGGGAAGGCAUUCAUCGAUUACAAAAUUUCCCAGAUGACUUGUGUCCGUUUACUUGAGAUCCUUCCUGUUGUGUUUGAGAAGCUUCUCCCAUUAGUUCAUAAAACAAAACUGGAUUCGAAGAUGAUGGUGGAAAAUUUAGUUGACUUCAAAUGGUUUCAUGAUUUGAUGGAUUGGGGAAGGUCAUCACUUGCAGUCAUAGUUAGAUAUUGGAAACUGACAGUGGUUUCUUUGCUAGCUCUUCUUAAAGGGUGGUGCAGUGAUAAUUCUGCUUCUGCGAUCAGCGCCAUUGAGAAACUUCUUUCAUGUGACUCUGUUGCAAUGGAUGAAGUGACCGAACAAGUAUCACGCCUUUCUGUGUCAUUAUCAAACGAAAGCUCAUGUGUAGUUAGAAAAACAAACUUGAAGUCGAAACCUUUAGUUUCUGAAAACUUGUCAUUUGAGAAGAAGUGUUCAGCUCAAGGUGCACAACCUUUCUCCUUGGAGGAUGAAGACGUGCAGAUUCUGGACUCGGUAACAUCUGUUAAUAGAAGGGAUGGAGAUAAUGUUGUUGUUCUUUCGGAUGAUGAGACACAAAUGGAAACUUCUGCUAGGGAGGACAUCUCCAUUCAUUUGGGUUCAAGUCCGCAUAUAUUGGAUAAAAAGACAGUGACUUCUAAUGCUUCUGAUAAAGUUACGCAAGGUGACAUUGCAAAGAAGAACAGUUCCGCCAUUAACGCGUCAAAGAAUCUGUUUGACGCUUUUCCGAAAACUGAUGCUUCUGAUUGUGCUGGAUUUUUCUCGCAGAAGCUGGACUCAGAUUCAGUGGAAGGCAGAUUAGGCCCUGCACCUUGCCUCAAAUCAAAAUCUGUAGAUUUUAAGACAGAAGAUACAAAAUCCAAUCGCCAAUCCCAGCGGGAAUCUAAUUUAAAAACCUCUUUUGAAAAAAUUAUCAGCUCUGAGAAUAGGGAUCAACCAUGUGUGAAAAAAGUUUCAGGAAAAAGUGAUACUGUGAUAAAAGAGUUAGUACGUGAUGAAGUUAAUUCAUGGGAUUUUGCUGUAAAAUCCGCAAAGUUUCGACAGUCAUACACAACAAAACCAAGCACUUCUGGUCCCAAACGGCAAGUCAUUCAACUUAAUGUACCAGUAGAAAACAGAUCUGCCUAUUUACAUAGGCUGGAAGUUGGAGUUAAAAGAUUCAAGCCUCCGAGGCUUGAUGACUGGUAUAGACCCAUCUUAGAGAUAGAUUACUUCGCAACAGUGGGAUUAGCAUCUGCAAGUGAAGAGGGCAGUAAAACUCUUAGCAAAUUAAAAGAGGUCCCUGUGUGUUUUCAUUCACCUGAAGAAUAUGUGGACAUUUUUCGGCCAUUGGUAUUGGAAGAGUUUAAAGCACAGUUGCAUAGUUCCUUUCUAGAGAUGAAUUCUUCAGAAGAGAUGUAUUGUUGCAUUCUAUCUGUGGUGUCAGUUGAGAGAAUUGAUGACUUUCAUCUUGUUCGCUGUGUCCAUGAUGAUGGUGAUUCUGCAGGAUCUGGAAGCUGUUCAGAGAAUGAUCUUGUUUUGCUUACAAGACAACCCCUGAAAAAUUCUUCACAUGAUGUUCACAUUUUGGGAAAGGUAGAGAGGCGUGAGAAAGACAACAAAAGAAGAUCAAGUAUCCUUGUCAUCCGGUUCUAUCUUCAAAAUGGUUCUUCACGUCUCAAUCGAACUAGAAAGCUCCUUAUUGAACGAAGCAAAUGGUAUGUUAGUCGUGUUAUGAAUAUUACGCCUCAACUUCGAGAAUUCCAGGCACUUUCAGCGAUAAAGGAUAUUCCUUUACUUCCUAAUAUCUUGAAUCCCAUCAACCAUUCUGCUGGUCAAUAUGAAUCUAGAAAAGAUCUUAGUAAGCUGUCUCAAUCCUUGCAACGAAUUCUUAAAUCGUCAUAUAAUGAGAGUCAAGUUCAAGCUAUUAGUGCUGCUAUUGGACCCUUGGAUUCAAAGAAAGACUUCGAAUUGUCUCUUAUACAAGGUCCACCAGGUACUGGAAAGACCCGUACUAUUCUGGCCAUAGUCAGUGGUUUGCUUGCUCUCUCUCGAACUAAUGAUACUAAGAGAUCACCAGAUGGUGGUUUGAAACCUAGCAAUACUUCAUGCUCCACUUCAAAACUGCAGAUUAGCCAGUCUGCUGCUAUUGCAAGGGCCUGGCAGGAUGCAGCCUUGGCUAGACAACUGAAUGAGGAAUCAGAAAGGACUUGCAAAUUCACAGGAAGCUGCACUAGAGGAAGGGUGCUUAUUUGUGCGCAAUCAAAUGCUGCUGUGGACGAGUUAGUGUCAAGAAUAUCUACUGAAGGUCUUUAUGGAAGUGAUGGAUUGGUGUAUAAGCCAUAUCUUGUAAGGGUUGGUAAUCCAAAGACUGUUCAUCCAAAUUCACUACCCUUCUUUAUUGACACACUUGUUGAUCACCGUUUGGCAGAGAGAAUGAAUGCACCUGAUGCCAAGAAUGAUAUGUAUGGAGACUUGACAGCUCUCCGUUCUAAUCUAGAGAAGUUAGUAGACCGUAUUAGGUUCUUUGAAGCCAAGCGUGCUAACUUACAGGAUAGAAAUUCCAAUUCAAAAGGUUUAUUGGAAGGGGAUGCUCUAAAGGGGGAUGACGGGAAGGAAAUGUGUGAUUCAGAAAUAGCUGCUAAGCUAAGAAAAUUAUAUGAAAAAAAGAAAGCAAUCUACAUUGAUCUUGCUGCUGCUCAGGCACAUGAGAAGAAAGCUUAUGAAGAAAGCAAAGCUUUAAAACAUAAAUUGCGGAAGUCUAUAUUAAGGGAAGCUGAAAUCGUAGUAACUACAUUGAGUGGAUGCGGUGGAGAUCUGUAUGGAGUGUGUUCUGAAUCCAUUUCAAGUCAUAAAUUUCGCAGUUCAUCUGAGAAUACUUUGUUUGAUGCUGUUGUGAUUGAUGAAGCAGCUCAGGCUCUAGAACCAGCUACUCUGAUUCCUCUUCAGCUCUUAAAAUCAAAGGGAACAAAAUGUAUAAUGGUUGGUGAUCCAAAACAGCUUCCUGCAACAGUUAUCUCUAAUGUUGCCAGCAAAUAUCUCUAUCAAUGCAGCAUGUUUGAACGUCUACAAAGGGCUGGUCAUCCUGUCGUUAUGCUUACCGAGCAGUAUAGGAUGCACCCAGAGAUAUGCCAGUUCCCAUCUUUGCAUUUCUAUGAUAGCAAGUUGCUAAAUGGUGACCAGAUGUCUAGCAAAUCAGCACCAUUUCACGAGAGCAAAGUUUUAGGGCCAUAUGUAUUCUUUGAUAUUAUUGAUGGGCAGGAGCUUCAUGGUAGAAACUCUGGUGCACUGUCCCUCUACAAUGAGUGUGAGGCUGAUGCUGCAGUUGCAAUCCUUAGGUUUUUAAAGAAGAGUUACCCAUCGGAGUUCAUUGGUGGAAGAAUAGGCAUCAUUACUCCAUAUAAGUGUCAGCUUUCGCUAUUGCGUUCGCGGUUUUCUAGUGCAUUUGGAUCUUCUGUUACUGCUGAAAUUGAAUUUAAUACUGUGGAUGGCUUUCAAGGCCGAGAAGUUGAUAUACUGGUUCUUUCCACUGUUAGAGCCGCGACACCAUGCUCUACAACACCUAGGAUUGGCUCUAGCAGUAUUGGAUUUGUCGCUGAUGCAAGACGAAUGAAUGUUGCUUUGACAAGGGCAAAGCUCUCUAUGUGGAUUUUGGGUAACACAAGAACAUUACAGACAAACCAUAAUUGGGCUGCUCUUGUUAGGGAUGCUAAAGAGAGAAAUUUGGUUAUAUCAGUUAAAAAGCCGUACGAGUCCAUGUUCAAGUCAGUUUUGUUGAAACAUCGCAUUUCAGAAAAUUCUGAUAAUCGACCAAGACAGCUAAAGCAUGGUGAAAAGGUUAAAGAAGCUACAAGGCAUGCCGAACUAAAGCAGAAUAAUGCCAGUGACACCUUUGUGAGGAAAAGAAAAUACAUGAACACUGAACCUCAAAGUGAAGACAUAACAGCAAGGGAUGAACAUGAUGAUUCAGUCCCAAGUGAAGGUUUCAAAACCAACAAAAGAAGGGCUAGAGAGGAACGUGAGUUUUCAGUAAAGAAGAAUCUUCCAUCUCAAAGUGUUGUUGAUAUUGAUAACAGAACGUCCAAGGAUGUGAAGUCUUCAAUCAAAGGAAAACCUGUAACUGAUGAUAAAAGAAGGGGCAAAGGGAGUGUUGAAAAGCAAUCUGAUACAUCGAAUGCUAAUGUGGGUAAGGGGGAUCACAAGCCUGAAAAUUCAACCAGUAAUUUAGAUAACUCCAAGCCAGUGAUAGGUGAUAGUAAUAAACUUUUGAAUUCGGUUGCACUGAAUAGACCUACAAAAUUGUUUGAGCAUGAUAAACAGAUGAAUAUGGAAGUUGCAAUACCAUCACAUGAAGGCAGCCACAACGAGCAAGAUGGAAUUGACAACACAUCUAAAGAAGCAAUCACAAAGAGAAAACAACAGCGUGAUGCUGUUGAUGCUCUUCUUUCUUCAGCUCUCAUAUCUUCAAAGAAGUCUGAACCUUCACCUAGAUCUCUGCCUCUCAAAAGGCCUCUUUCCCCAAAGUCAACUGCAGGUCGUGGGAUUAAACCGCCCAAACCAAAAAAAGUUCCUGCAGCAUCCUCGUCAAGAACAAUGCAAGAUCAGAGAUCAGAUUCACCACAUCACAGAAAGAGGGAAAAAUCUUCGAGCUCUCCCAGGAAUUUGGAUGAAGUAUGAUAUACUUUUCUAUGGUAUGAUUCAUGAUCAAAGGUGUUUCAUAUGUUCCCGAAACUACAAUUGAGUUCAUAUCAUCAGUAUUGCUAACCAUUGUAGAUGAGCGUCUUUCUAUAUUUGAUGUCAUGUAAUAGUAUUUGUGAAUUUUUGGAGAUCAGGGUUCGGUUCCUAUGGUUGGUUUCCGUUCACCCAUGUGUGUAUAGCCGUCGUUGUAAAUAUUAGUAAUUUUGAUAUCGUUAGGGAAAUGGCGCCUUUUAUUUACUCUUUUUUUUUUUUGCCCCUACAUUUGUUUGUAGUUCUCGAUAGUUAUGUUCUUUUUUGUCACAUGUAUUAACCCAUCUUAGUGUUUCUGAAUACAAAAUUCCUAGUUUUUUUUUCAUUGGGCUUAACCAGGGAUGUUGUUUUA